AUGGACUCUUCCAACCCAGCAAUGGCGUCUACGUUGAGCGAGGCCAAAUAUAUCCAGUUUCCUUGCCUUCCUGAUGAUGCGAAACAUGAAGAUGGAACCCCAGCACUGAAUAGGUACUCGACUACGAUCACCAGAGGACAUGAGUUUCCAGGUGCCAAGGCAAUGCUCUAUGCGGCCGGUGUCCCCGACCAGGAUGCCAUGGCUAAAAGCCCACAGGUUGGAGUUGCGUCGGUAUGGUGGGAGGGGAAUCCGUGCAAUAUGCACCUUUUGGACAUGGGAAAGACCGUGAAGAAGGCAGUCACAGAUCAGGGCAUGAUCGGGUGGCAAUACAAUACUGUUGGAGUUUCAGAUGCGAUAACCAUGGGCAGUGAAGGCAUGCGAUUUUCUCUUCAAACACGUGAAAUCAUUGCGGAUAGUGUCGAGACUGUUACCUGCGCUCAGUACCAUGAUGCCUGUAUCGCCAUUCCUGGAUGCGACAAGAACAUGCCCGGUGUGGUGAUGGGGAUGGCCAGACACAACCGGCCAUCGAUCAUGAUCUACGGCGGUACUAUCCAAAUUGGGUACUCCAACCUUCUCCGGAAGCCAAUCAAUGUAUCUUCAUGCUUUGAGGCUGCAGGGGCUUAUGCAUACAAUACCCUGCGUCAGCCAGAUGAUGGUGGAGAUACCAGCAAGACUAAGGACGAGAUCAUGGAUGACCUCGAAAAACAUGCCUGUCCUAGCGCAGGAGCAUGUGGAGGCAUGUUCACUGCAAACACUAUGGCCACGGCCAUCGAGACAAUGGGCCUGUCCUUGCCCGGGUCGUCCUCCACACCAGCAUCUUCACCAUCAAAAAUGCGAGAAUGCGUCAAGGUGGCCGAUGCUAUUAAGAUUUGCAUGGAGAAGAAUAUCAGACCCCGCGAUUUGCUAACUAAGCGGUCCUUUGAAAACGCCUUGGUCAUUACGAUGGCUUUGGGAGGGAGCACCAAUGGCGUUCUCCAUUUCCUCGCCAUGGCUCGAACAGCGGGUGUUGAUCUCACCCUGGAUGACAUCCAGAGGGUUAGCGACAAGAUUCCUUUCAUUGCCAACCUUGCUCCCAGUGGGAAAUACUAUAUGGCGGAUUUAUAUGACAUCGGGGGCGUCCCGUCGGUCCAAAAGUUACUGAUUGCCGCGGGCCUGCUCGACGGUGAUAUCUUGACUGUCACCGGGAAGACCUUGGCUGAGAAUGUGGAGUCCUUCCCAUCUUUACCUGACGACCAAGUUAUUAUCCAUCCUCUGGAUAAUCCCAUUAAGUCAACUGGCCAUCUGCAGAUCCUCCGUGGCAAUCUCGCUCCAGGCGGUGCGGUGGCGAAGAUCACUGGGAAGGAAGGGACUAUAUUCACAGGGAAGGCGCGAGUGUUCGAUAAGGAGCAUCAGCUCAACGAGGCUCUAAACCAGGGACAAAUCCCACGGGGCGAAAAUUUGGUGAUUGUCGUCCGCUACGAGGGCCCCAAGGGUGGACCGGGAAUGCCAGAACAACUCAAAGCUAGCGCGGCCUUAAUGGGAGCCAAACUUACCAACGUGGCCCUGAUCACGGAUGGACGAUAUUCGGGAGCGAGUCACGGAUUCAUCGUGGGACACAUUGUGCCCGAGGCUGCGGUGGGAGGACCGAUUGCCGUUGUUCGUGACGGCGAUGUGAUCACGAUUAAUGCAGAAACCAACGAGAUCAAUAUGGAUGUUUCGCAGGAGGAAAUCCAGCAGCGAUUGAAGGAAUGGCGGCCACCAGUGCCGCAAGUUACACGAGGAGUAUUGGCCAAGUAUGCACGGCUAGUAGGGGAUGCAUCGAACGGUGCCAUGACUGACUUGUUCUGA